AUGAACGCGGCCGGCUUCCCCUGCCUGCGAGGCAUGUGCACGCUGCCGGCGCCCAGCCCCGCCGCCGCGGCCAGCCCCGGCUCCCCCGGGCCGCCCCGGGGGUCUCCGCAGGCGCCGCCGGUGAAGCCGGAGCCGCGGGGCGGAGGGGGCAGCCCUGCCCCGCCGCCGCCGCCCCCCGAGGAGCCGCCGCCCCCCGCCGGGGGCCGCCGGAGGAAGCGGCCGGUGCAGCGGGGCAAACCCCCGUACUCCUACAUCGCCCUCAUCGCCAUGGCCAUCGCCAACGCCGCCGAGAGGAAGCUCACCUUGGGGGGCAUCUACAAGUUCAUCACCGAGCGCUUCCCCUUCUACCGGGAGAACCCAAAGAAGUGGCAGAACAGCAUCCGCCACAACCUCACCCUCAACGACUGCUUCGUCAAGAUCCCCCGGGAGCCCGGACAUCCCGGCAAGGGCAACUACUGGACACUGGACCCGGCUGCAGAGGACAUGUUCGACAACGGGAGCUUCCUGCGCCGGAGGAAGCGCUUCAAGCGCACCGACAUCACCACCUACCCCGGCUACAUGCAGAACUCCAGCGCCUUCACGCCCCCGCCCGCUGGCCGCCCCGCAGCACCGGCAGCACCCUACCCCAAUGCCCUCUGCUCGCCUGGCUACGGCCCCCAGCUCUCCAGCACUGUCUUCCACCCCUAUGCAGCCGGGGCAGCACCGCCGGCACAGCAUCCCAGGAUGUUCAGCAUCGACAGUCUCAUCAGCGGGCAGCAGGCCCUGCAGCCCUCACCGCCCUCCGAGCUGGGCCACCCAUCCCUGGGUUUGCCCGGAGCUGAGUUGGCUCCCGCCUGCUCCGCCAGCAGCUCCGAGCCUUCCUGUUUCCAGGCACAGCCCGUCAGCCCCGGCUUGUUGGGCCGGGCUGGCCCCAACACCCUGGCUUACCCCUAUGCCGCCUCGCCCCCUCACCUGCCCGUGGCGCAGGGCAGCUACUCGCCCAGCAGCCCGCAGCUCUACGGGGCUCCCAACAGACUGGCCCUGCCGGCCAUGCGGCCUCCGGCCUGUGCCGAGCACGGCGAGCAGCUCCUGGGGCUCUCGGCGUCGCCCCUCGGCCAGUUCGGCUCCAGCAACACCUACAUGAGGCAGCCCAACUUCCCUGCUGGCCUGGAGCGGUACAUGUGAUGCGCUUGAGGGGGCUUGGCUGGACAUCCCCAGGCUCCCAGGAGCAUCCCUGGACAAGCGGACUUCUCCCUGCUGUGGGGGCCGGCUGGGGGAGAGUCAGGGCUCCCUGGCCCCUGGCUGUGUG